CUAUUUUCUAUUUCCUCGAGUCUCAACUAGUCAUGUCUCGUACUUCAGUGGAGUUGGCGCCUUUUUCUACGUUUGUUUCGAAUCCUUCUACUCAAUCGCUGCGAGACGUACUGCAUGAAGGACCGCCUCAAAAUGAGACCACCAUUGCAACAGAGCCGGCGAGCAAGGAAGAUGUUUCCAAAGGAACGACCGCCGUCGUGAUAGCUUCAGUGACUUGCGUCACUGCCGUCAGCACCCUUCUCGCCGGCCUCGUAACUGUAGGACUUCCCACAAUGGCGAAGGAUGUGAACCUGGAUCCAAGCCUGCUGCUUUGGCCUGUCUCUAUCUACGCCUUAACAUGCGGUUGCACCCUCCUAAUCCUAGGCUCCGUCACGGAUGUUGUCGGCUCCCGUAUCAUGUACCUAAUCGGCUGUCUUCUGCAAUCCGCCUUCACGCUCGCGUGUGGCCUGUCACGGACCGGGACGCAGCUAAUUGUGUUUCGAGCGCUCGCUGGUGUAGCCAUCUCCUUCUGUCUCCCGUCCGCCGUCAGCAUUAUCACCAGCACGUUUCCAGAGGGGAAGAGGCGGAAUAUCGCCUUCGCGUCCAUGGGAGGUGGCCAGCCGAUUGGCUUCUCCCUGGGAUUGACGCUGGGAGGUGUGCUCUCUGAUUCUAUCGGAUGGCGAUGGGGUUUCUACAUCGCCGCGAUCAUCAACACGGUCAUCUUCGGGUUGGCCGUGUAUGGCUUGCCCCGGAACAUCGACUCGCAAGAACCGAUCACCUGGACGCGAUUAUCCUCAGACAUCGACUGGAUCGGCGCACUAAUCUCCAGCGCCUCUCUCGCCAUGCUGUCCUACGCCUUCGCCUCCAUCACCGGCAACGCCUCCAACAUCCGCCACGCCCCGACCCUCCUCACCCUCCUCACCUCCCUCGCCCUAAUCCCCCUCUUCAUCUUCUGGGUCGGCCGCCAAGAGCGCCUGCACCGCCCCGCCAUCAUCCCCAACUCCCUGUGGCGCAACCGCACCUUCACCUCCAUCUGCCUGGCCGUGUUCCUCACCUGGGGCGCCUUCAACGCCGUCGAGAGCAUGCUCACCCUCUUCUUCCAGUACGUGCAGCGCAUCUCGCCCAUCCAGACCUCGAUCCGCUUCCUGCCCGCGCCCGUCUCCGGUGCCCUGUCCAACAUUGUCAUGGGCCUCGUCGUGCACCGCGUGCGCGCCGACUGGGCCGUCGCCGCCGGCACCGCCAUCGCGUGCGUCUCCCCCUUGCUCAUGGCGCUCGCGGACCCCGCGUGGAGCUACUGGGCCGUCGAGUUCGUGGCCGUGCUGCUCAGCCCCGUCGGCGCCGAUGUGCUGUUUACCAUCUCGAAUCUGCUGAUUACGAGCGUGUUUCCCGCGAAGACGCAGGCGCUGGCGGGCGGCGUGUUCAAUACGGUGGCGCAGAUUGGGAAGAGCGUGGGGCUGGCGACGAGCGCGGUGGUUGCGAGUAGUGUGACGGCGCGGGCGGGGUUUGUGGAAGAGGGGGAGAGGCCGCGGGCGCUGAUGGUAGGGUAUAGAGCGACGUUUUGGUAUUGUUUUGGGCUGUGUUUGGCGACGUUGUUGGUGGCGCUUGUCGGGUUGAGGAAGAUUGGGAGGGUGGGGGUGAAGAGGGAGUAAAUAGGGUUUGGACGGGUGUUUGUGGAGGUGCUUUGGAGGUUUGUGUAUAUAGGGGGGGUUUUGCGUUGUUUCAUGUAAAUAUUUGAACUGAGUGAUUUUUCUGGUAUCCU